CGCCCAUGUGCGGUCCCCAGUCGCUUCUGUCCCUCGCCCCGCGACGACGACGGUGAUUUGAGUAGAGGUUGGAGUCUCUGAUCUUGCUCCCUCCCUCCGGCCACGAUACACCUACGGUCGACGAUAAUUACCUACUUUUCCUCAAGAGGUCCCGGGCUUCCUUCAGCUCCGAUACAUCACACGCGACCCCGCGCCUCCGCUCCCGGUCAUUGGGAGGACCCCGAGGCCGCCGACCAAGAGUCAACCCCCGGGCGCAAAUCCCCGGUUCCUCCGAACCAUGAGCAGCCUCGACUCGGUCGGCUCACUGCUUGCGGCCAUUGCGAAGCUAGUCGCCGAGGGACUGCGCAUACUCAGCCUGGCCGACAAGACCCUCUGGGGCCCCGACGAGCACGAGCAGGUCCGCGCCCUGGCCAAGGUGCUCGACGAGGCCAAGAAGGACUUUCAAGAUCUGUCGCCUCUGGUCAACGGCCAGAUUUACUACGAGAGCGACCGCAAAUAUGAAUCCAUCCAGGAAUUGAGAAGUCUACAGACUCGAUUCAACUCGCAUAUAGAAAACCUAAGAUACUGGAGUCGCUCCGGCGGCAAGAUCGAGUCAAUAUGGGUACGCGAGACACACGACCUCCAGCGAAGACUACACAGAGCGCAAUGCCGAGCGGCGCAAAGAAUAUUCAACUCGGAGAAGGAAGGCUCUUCACGGUGUCUGGGCGCAUUCCUCGUCCAUAGGAAGCAGCGCGAAUGGAGAGACAACCGGACAGUCCCGGAUGAAGCAGAGUAUGUGCGGAGGUACCAGGAAGAGCUGCGGCUGUGCAACACUGUCGGGUCGUUCAAGCGAUUCGGCGAUCGAGACAUUGCGUUUGUGUGCGACUACUGCGACGGCCACAUUAUAUGGGAAGACCUUGAGAAUAUGCCCUCGAUCCGGUCGUUUCAGGAGGCCGCCGCUUCUCCCAUCCUGACCUUGUCGCCAACGACAAACAACCCCCACUGGCAGGCGACAGGUUUCAGCUUAUCGGGUCAUCAGGAGAAGCAGGUUGUGUUUGCGCCAGUUGCCAUCGCCAACCACGUAGCGCCGCAACCCCGAGACUGGCUGGCCGGCCUACUGUGCCCCUACUGCGAGGAAGACUCGACAGAACCCCAGGAGCAGUAUGAUGAGGAGGACGCCUACAGGCCGGAUCUCGGGUACGAAGACAUGGUGGCAUAUCAGGAGCACCUCGAGUGGCAGCACACAGUCACCGCACCGACGUCACAACAACCGUCGACUUCGAAUAACUGCCAGGUUAUGUAGAUCAGCAGCAAGCGUGUGCUUUUUCUGUCACAGGUAAUGGUUACCAUCUCCAUCCUUGUGAACGGUUUGGGUAAAAACAGUCGGGUAUGGAGUUUGGAGUCAAAUAGGCAUGUCGAGGAACGAGUCCACAUGAGUUAGGAACGAGCCCCUGGACGUUCAUGUUUUGCUAGAGCCUGCUAGAGUAGGUAGGCGAAAUGAAUUUAAGUAAAUAGUCAUCCAUCAAGUCUUUAACGGCG